GGCAUAUACACUUAGCCCAAUAGAGACUCAUAGUCAAACUAGCUAAUGAUAGAGCAUUAGAGCAAGGAAACGGUUGUCAAAAUACUGUUAGGAUUGGGAUUAGCGUUGCUUUAAAAGGCAAGAAAUAGGUGUAACGUCUACACGCAUGCACUAUCUCUCUCCUUUUCAUCUCCCACUACAUUUAUCUUCUCUCUCUCUGUCUCCACGUUUCUCGCCAACAAAACCAACAAACAGACUCCCUCUCUCUCUCUCACACAUCUUAUAUUAUUAACCUAAUUAAAUCGAAGACGAAUCUCUGAAUCUCCGGCGACAUAUUUCAAACAAAGCUCGAGCACCGGAGGAAGAAGAACAAAAAAAGAAUAUGUGUUGUGGACGGGUUUGCAUGCUGUGCACGUGUUUGCUUUUGGUUGUGAUCGCGAUUGGGUUUUUAUUCGGAUUCGGAGUGUUCAAGGAUGGUUUCCACAAGAUCCAAGAGACCGUCCAUCUCGAAUGCGAUCCGAGGUUCGGCUGCGGCGGGGACGUUGGGCGUCGCGGUUAUGGUUUCCCAGCUCCCUCCGGUCAUUAACUAGCUGUCUGUCUCCUCGUAUUAAACUCUUUUGAAACCAGCGUCAUUGUCUUUGAAUGUGUUCGGUUCGGUCGGAUUUGGAUAUCUAUCGAUUAUUAGGAUUUAGUUUUUUUUUUUCGUUGUUGUUUUAAAUUUUCUUCCAUAAUAUGUUACCCGUUACAUUGAUUCUUCUUUUUGUAUUCUAAUGUUUCGUCAAUCGUCACUCAUCAGGUUUAGCUUUGUUAUUAUCAUUGU